AUGGAUUCCUUUAACCCGCUAAUAGGCGUUCGCAUAACUACAAUAGGUCUUGUCGUUGGAGUCAUAUGUUCUGUGACUGUAGCAGCCAUCGCGAUUCCUAUUAUACUCAAGAACGCAGAAGAUCCACAAAAGGUCGCCAAAGCAACACUUCGUGUAGCACUGGAUCGUCUUAUUUUUUACUAUGAAUUAGAUCGGUUUUAUGAUAAACAAGCAACAUUACAUGAUCUAGUCCAGAGUCUCAACGAACAUUUUCGUCAGUCAAACUUAUCGGCCUCAUUCGUGAACUUCAUCAUUUUGAAGUUCACUCACCGACCGUUUUUAAUUGACCCUUUCGAGAAUGAAACGAUCCAAGAUCGUCCAUCAAUUGUUGCUGUAGAAGGAGUCAUCUAUUUCACUCAAAAUCAUACAGGAGUGGAGAUCCUAGCAGCAGUAGAUGAUUAUUCUCGAUAUGUAACUCUUAUCACUCGAGAUGGCAAACCUAGUAGGAGACUGGGAACAUUUUCUCGGUUGUAUUCAUUUGCCACGGAUACAACAGGUGAUGAACUACCAGAGUUCAGGGCAAAAAAGUUAACGUCAAUUGAAGUGGAUCCUGAUAGUGACUCCAUGAUGCCCAAAGAUACAGUGUUAUUCCCGGACAAGAUAAGAGAGCCAUCUGAUAACGGCACUGAUAUCGCACCAGAAAAGCCUAUACGUAACAAUACAAUACUACCUUAUCCGUUGGACAAUAACAACACCCAGACGGCGACACCCAGUCCCAUCCCAAAUAUCACAGCAACACCUUAUCCGUUGGACAAUAACAACACCCAGACGGUGACACCCAGUCCCAUCUCAAAUAUUACAGCAACACCUUAUCCGUUGGACAAUAACAACACUCAGACGGUGGCACCCAGUCUCAUCCCAAAUAUCACAGCAACACCUUAUCCGUUGGACAAUAACAACACCCAGACGGUGACACCCAAUCCCAUACUAAACAGAACAAUAGCAUUUAAUGUAUCGGAUAAUACUACAGGAACUAACACGCCCACAAUGCCUACAUCGAAUGGCGACGGAAACUCAUCAUGUGCACCUUUGUUUACAAUGAACAUCACCAUAGCAGUGGGCCGACCAAUGGCGGAAAACGAAGUUUCAGCAUAUUAUGAUCGAUUUUCUGAACGCAUGUAUUUCUUUUGGAAUCUGUAUGGAUAUAUGCAGAAUCACUUCUGGGGUACGUUUUUUUCAUUUGCGAUGUCAAAUAUGUCAGACGAACCUAUUGUAAUACUCAAUGGUUCCAAUGCACAAGAGAAACGAAUGGAUACUACAGAAUCUACCCCUGUACUCCCUCCACUAAAGCAAACGGUGGUGAUCGCAAUUAGUGGUCGACUCUAUCUAAAGCAAUCUGUUACAAUCAAUGAAGUUAAAGCCGCUUUUCGAAAUUAUACACCUUACAUACCUUUGAGAAGCGCCGAUGGUAUAGUAAACUAUAACGUUAGCGUUUUUAUGGAAGAAUAUUCAAGUUUCCAAGAUAAUUUGUCUACAAAUGACUCGUUGGGAAAUAACAGUUACUCUGUGUGUCUUAAUAUAAGUUGUUACAACAGUAUAAUGUAUUCACUGCCGCGAGAACAUCAAGACUUAUUAACAACUUUUCCGAAAGAACCUUCAAUCUAUCGAAAUAUUUUUAAAUCUGACUUCCAUUUAUCGAUAAGUAUAAAUGAUGAAAAUUAUAUAUCAGCACAAUCUUACAAUCAAUCAGCUGUUGCAGACAGUAUUUAUUAUAAUUUGAUAUACUUCUUUCCUAAUACGAUGAUAGAUGUUGUCGUUUCAACCAUGUGGGACGGCAUAGAAUCAAAUCGACGACGAAGAAAGCGUGAUUCACUACAUCCAACAUCUCUCUUUAUCAAUGGUACUGUUUUCUUUUUAUUGGACUAUACAUCCGACGAAGUUCGCAAUGCGUUUCAAGAUUUAACAUUUCGGUUAGUUGUUCAAUCCAAUAAUGCUAAUACAACAGUAUCGACGAGCAAUAUUACUUUGAGCAAAUCCACGUUUUCAGAUGCAUACCUCGCACAAGUCGUUUAUGUAGACAAUAGUAUGACAAAUUGCGUUCAGAUUCAUUAA